GCAGUACCCAACUUGCACCCGACUGCGUAUCCGCUCUGUCCAAGAUGCGGAAGUCGUUCUCCAUGCUGUGUAUCUGAAACGACUUCCCAUGGUCGCUCGUCGGCUCGACGACGAAGAACGGCUGUACCUCACGACAGGCUGUAUCUACGUGUGGGAGGAGCGGAGUAGUAACCCAUUGGAGGCGACUGGGCAGGAGAUUCAGAGGUUCACCGAGGGCCGCAGCUGGGGCCCAUCUCGUGCGCGUGACGAUUUCCUCUUAUACUACGAGAAGGAAAGUGCGAGUAGAUCGUCGCUCAUGAUCAGGAACAAUCUUGCAGGAUCCUCGCAGAUGAUUAAGCAGACUUACUCCGUCUACGUGCACGACGGCGAAACACCCCCGCGAAAAUGGCAUCUCAACGCGUACUACACUCAGGAUUCAGUUGACCGUUUGAGGGUCAUUGAGCAGGUGCCCGAGCUCAAGGGCAUUCAGGUUCCUGAAGGUCGCUACGUCUGCGCUCGGACUGGUGGCACUCGCAGGAACCGGCACUCGGUUCAUUCUCCAUCUUUAAGCGCAAAUGGCCCCGCUAAAUCUCAGACUCCACCUUCACCUCACGCCAUGUCGGGUCGCUCUACAAGCUCAGCGUCGCGCGACAACAAUCAUGCGGCUAAAACAUCGCUUCCAACCUUCACAAGCUCGGCGCCUCGCAUCAGCGUACUGGCCAAGUCUCCCAUGAAUCCGGUCGCACAAUCCCCCGGUGCCUCUCUCACGCUUUCGGGUGAUCCACAUCGUCGACUAGCACCCCUGGACUAUCUGCGAAGCAUUCCUCCGGUCGCGCGUGACCCAAUAGACGACGAAGCCCUGAGAUAUAUUGUCGCCUAUUUCGCAACGCCAGAUCCCAGUGAUACACGAGAUUUAAAGUUGCGCAAGGAGCUAUUGGAGAUCUGA